AUGAAACAAUUGCCAGAUACGAGUUGUUAUGUCUUCCAUAGACACCGCGCUAGAUAUCAUCUCCUCGACGAGACUUACGCCAACUGAACAUCUCAUUCUGGGGGCUUCGUGAAUGGGGCGCCGUGGACCCGGAGUUUGCGAGUCGCUCCGGAUGGCCUUCAAGGUAAUGACCAUAAUGUAGAGACUAAUCUAGGUGGGUUCAAGAAGGACUGGAGGAAAAAGGUGACGAGAAUAUCAACAUUUGAUCCAGAAUGCACCGGGGAGACGGCAUAUGUGGUUUCUCCUUCGAUUAUGCAUGGUCUCGAAGCACCAGAAGAUGGUUGCUUGUAUGAGAUGCUUGAAGCACACCUCUCUCCGCAAUACGUCGCCAAACCACGCUCGCAGCUUGUAAACCAAGAAUGCAACGAUGGGACUUCUUUGCAAAACCUCUGGGUGCUGUCUCCCAGCGUCCACAAGGCCUUUCGACAGGGUCACUUGUACGUUAGGCUCGUGUCACGCACGCGGGACAGCCCGGAAUUUACUAUGCGCGAGCUAGAUGAAGAUAAGUUAGAUGCUAUGCUCCGACGCUCUUUUUCUUUGGGGUUCAUCGAUGCUUGCCAAUGCAUUCAUCUUUUCUACGUUGAGGAUAAGGCAUCUCGUGGCUGGCCAAGAUCCAUCAGAGAUCAAAUAAACUUUGAUAUUCCUAUUCUCCGAAAAGCGCUUCCAUCGGUUAUGGCUUUGUAUACCGUUUCAGUCGGGAGAUGGCUUUAUGGCCCCUCGACAACGCCGUAUGUGCAACGAUUGCCAUUUGGAUUGCACCUCGUGUGGUCGAUGCUGGAGAAUAUGCCGGCACGGUAUAUCUACCAUCUACGUGGGCAGAUGAUCCAUGAGGUUAUGCAUCUCAUGUCGUAUGAGGAACGAGAUCGCCUCGCAGACGAACUCGGAUCUUAUGCAGAGCAAUUACGAAAAAUUUCCAACCCUUCACCAUUCCUAUUCUGCAACACCCUAGGAGCUAAAAUCGUUGAUCAUCGCCUACCAGAUCGAUCUGGCGGACCGUUCCACCUUCGAGUCUGA